UGCAUGGAGCUGCAUGCAGCUUGAUCAGUCUUCUAGUCAAGCAUCGGAUCAAAAGAGCAGGCCCAUCGAAGAGCGUCCAGCAUUCCUGCCAUCUGGCCCACAUGCAGCAGGAACCUCCCUGAGGGAGGAGCUGACUCCUUUUGGCUGCAAUGAAGGAAAGGGAUUCUCCUAAUAGCUGCUAAUCGAAUGCCUCCUGCUGUCCUCCUCUUUCAAAUCACAACACCAGCCCAGCUUGCCAGUUUAACAUAAUAAAAGCAGAAGUUAGAAGCCUCUUGCUCUGAUCUUGGAAGGAGAAGAGCAGAGAAGAUGAGCUCUCGACAGAGAGGAGGCAGCAGUGGCAUGAAAACCAGCUGGGUUGCAGAAGGAGGACUGAGAGAGUGCGCCAUGGAUGCUGGGAAGAGCUGCCCGGAGCUGCUGAAGAGCGACCUGGACCCUUCCGUCCUCUUGGAGCAAAUCGGAGAGGCCGCCGCGCUCGCCACAGAGCACACGGCCACCCUGAUCAGCGAGGACGCGGACGUCUUUUACACCGUGGAAAGCGAUGAGAGCGGACAGGAGAUCUGCCACUGGUCGGAUAUGGGGGAGGCGUAUGACAAAAUCGCUGUCCUGGCCGAAUACGUACUGGAGGACCAGCAGGAGAAGCCCGUGGAAGAGUUUUUUGACACCCUCGCUCCCGCGGAGGAGGCUGCUGGAUGCACAGAAGGCUGCCCAGAGGCAAAGAGGCGGUGCAGCUGCUCCGAUUCCCCGGAGCCCAAGCGCAGAAAGCUCGCGCAUCCCCCGGCCCUGUGCAUCCUGAACGGCGGGUCCGUGGCCCUGGUGCUGGAGGGCUGCCCCGAAGACGCUGACGCUCACCCCAACCUGCACGUGGAACUCUCCGUGACCACCGUCAGUCCUGUGGGAAGGCCCACGAAGGCGUUCGGGCCCCCUCCCGGGCUUUACCUGGAGUACCGUCUCCCUGUCGUGGAAGAUAUUCAGGUGAUUGUGGCCUUUGAGCCUGCCGCCGAGCCCCCGAACUUGCCCGAAGAGCCCGGAGCGGUCUGGCCCAGCCUCUGUCCAGGCGAAGAAGCCCCCGGCAAAGAGGGCCAGCCCGUCUGUUCUCAGCCGGCUUGCAAGAGACUCGAGUCCGUGGACGCCUUUUGCACGCGGCUCAGGCGCCACGUCCGGGCCUCGUGCGGCACGGUGCCCGAGGCGCGAGGGCUGCCCCUGGACCGCCUCUACGUGGAGGGCGAGCUGGUGCAGUGCCCCCCGGAGGGCUGGAGCGGCAGGAGCACCGGCGAGCCGGAGGAGAGGGCGAGGGCCGCCGUGGGGCACGGCCAGCUGCUCCGGGCGCCGGGCCGGAGCAGCCCGGCCAGCAGGGUGGCCGUGCUCCUGGGCCGGGCGGGCCUGGGGAAGAGCCUGCUGGCCCAGAAGAUCUGCCUGGACUGGGCGGUCGGCAAGCUGCCGCAGUUCGACUUCGCCUUCCGGUUCGACUGCCGGGCGCUGAGCCUGCUCCGCGGCGGCGGCUGCCCCGGCCUCGGGCAGCUGCUGGGGCUCGCCGCAGGGCUCGGGGAGGUCCCCGAGGAGGUCGUGGGCCACGUCUCGCGGAACCCGGGCAAGGCGCUCCUGGUUUUCGACAGCCUCGAGGAGCUGCUGGAGCAGGACGGCCUCCCGCCGGGUGCGGACGGCCCGGCCCGCAGGGAGCCCUGCGGCGGCGUCAGAGCGAUGGUGGCCGGCCUCUUCCAGAAGAAGCUGCUGGCCGGCUGCACGCUGCUGGCCACGGCCCGGCCCCGGGACAAGCUGCACCAGUAUGUGCCCCGGGUGGACACCCUCCUGGAGACGCCGGGCUUUUCCGUGCCGCAGGCGGAGUCCUUCCUCGCUCGCUAUUUCGAGGGAUGCCCCGGGGGCAGCGAGGCCGCGAGCUCGAUCAGAAACUCUCCGUACCUGUUCAGCCACUGCCACAACCCUGAGCUCUGCCGCUUCCUCUGCGAGUCGGCCUCCGCGGUGGGGGCUGAGCAGCUGCCCCCCACCCUCACCGGCCUCUUUGCGAAGUCCCUGCUCCGGAAACUGGCCCGCCUGGCCGAGAAGGAGGCCACCGCCACAGGGCACCUGCACAUCCGCGCACUGGCUCAGGUGGCCUGGACCCUGGGGCAGGCCCAGCAGAACGCAUUCCUGGGCGAGCGCUUCCCUUCGGCGGAGGUGGAGGCGUUUGCCCUGCAGGCCGGGCUCGUGGCCCCGCUGGCCCUGCCCAGAAGUGCCGGCGGCGGGGAGGAGGCGUGUGGGUACGUGUUCUCCAGCUUCGUGGCCCAGAACUUCUUGGUGGCGCUGCACCUGGUGCUGGCCAAGGAGGUCAAGGACAAAGGCCUCACCAAGCACCUCCACCUGCUCUCCAAGUCCAGGAAGUUUCUCUCCUCCUGGGACUUGGUCCCUCGCUUCCUGUCCGGCUUGCUCUUCCUCGAGGACGGUCCCAGCUGCGCUCUCCUCUUCGGGGAGGACAUGGAGGUGGACACGGAGAAGAUGGUUGCCAAGAAGCAGAAAAGCCUGCUGAAAUACUUCCGGAAACUCUCGCUGAAAUCCCUCAGUCCAGAGAAGCUGCUGGAGCUCCUCCACUGCAUCCACGAAACGGAGAACCCAUACCUGCUGCAGCACCUGGCGCUGGAGCUCGGCCCAGACCUCUCUUUCCUGGGCUUCCCCCUCACGCCCGCCGACGUCCACGUGCUGCACUCCGCCGUCAGACGGGCCACCAAGGCCUUCACCUUGGACCUGCGCGGGAGCUGCAUCGACACCGAGGGCCUGAGGCGGCUGCUCUGCUUGAGGAACGUGGCCGCGUUCAGGGCAUCCCUCAGCACCGCCAUCCAGCUCUGGAAGCACCUGUGGGAAGCCGGGGCAGGGGAGCAGCUGCGGGCGGCCACCCAGAAGUUUUCCGUUGCCCCUUUCAAAGUGAGCACUAUGCGGGACGUCGAGGAGCUCUCUGCUCUCGUGCACCUGCAGGAGGAAAUGCGCGAAGGCCAGGCAGAGCCGGCCGGCGGCAGCACCCUCCUCAUUCCCGCGGUUGCAGAGCUCCGGAAACUGGAAUUCGCCGUGGGCCCCGGCUGCGGCCCAAAUGGCUUCCAGGCCCUGCUUGGACUCUUGGACGCCUUUCCAGCCCUUCGGCACUUAGACCUGGACUCUCCGGACGAGAACAACAUCGGCGACGAAGGCGUCUGUGGGCUCGGCGCCAUCCUGCCUCGGCUGCGCUGCCUGGAAACCCUCAACCUGUCCCGGAACAAGGUCACCGACAUGGGUGCGGCGCAGCUGGCCGGGACGCUGCCCACCCUGCCCUCCCUGAAGACCCUCAGCUUGUACAAGAACAACAUCGGGGAUGCUGGAGCCGCCGGUUUCGCCCAGGUGCUGCCCCGGGCGGCCUCUCUGCGGGUCCUGGACAUCCACUGCAACAAGAUCACGGCCGCUGGAGCCCAGCUCCUGACCACGAGCCUGAGGGACUCUCCGCACAUUCAGAGCGUGGCAUUGUGGAGCCCCACGAUCCCCCACGGAGUCCUGGAUUACCUGCAGCAGCUGGAUUCGCGGAUCAGGUUGCUGUAGAGACGGAAAAUCCAACGACCUAAGGUUGGGAUUCUGGUCUAUGCAGACCUCUCUGGGCCUGCAUUGCAGAAUCACCCCAGCUUUUACAUUCACCUAUGCUGCUAUUUGUGGUAUCCAUGAAAUGAUGCGUUCCCCUGAAGUACCGUCUGUCAUGGAAUAGCCCUGUCGGUCUAUUUGAAUGCCACUACUUUCCUCCCGUGAAGAUGAGCUCAAAAUGUAGGACUGUGAGGCUGGAACUGUGCCCUCGAUACCCCAAAUACCCAGGCCAGACACACACGCUUGCGGCGGAGGAUCGUAUCGUACAGAUUCGCUUCACUUGUUACUUGGACAAUCCUGUGUCUGAACUCACUGAUUUUGGCCCACUGUGCUUUGGGUCCUUCGAACAGCUUUUAAAAAAGCAAACUUUGGGUUAAUUAAAAAGGCGUCCUGAUUCAUCAGGACAGAUUUUGUAAAUA